UAAAUUUUUUCCCCGUUAAUUUUGAAAUUGUAAGAAAAUGGGGAAGUGGUAAAAUGAUUAUUCCGAGAAACCAUCCACAAGGAAGAAAUCAAGCUAAAGCUACGGAACGCGGUAGUUCUCUUUUUAAAAUGGAGAGGGGGGGAGGUGCAACGUUUUUUGUCCUUGGUCUUUAAGGCUUUAAUAUAUAUAAAGGCAGCAGACCCGUGAGGACUCUUAUUCCAGAAGAUUAGAACGAGGAAAACCUUGUUGUUUUAUAUACUUAAAGAAACGUAUUUACGAAGUUUUUAUUAUAAAUAAAAAAUACAUUGAUCUAUAUGAAAACAACAAAGUUUAGAUUUUCAUAAAAAAAAAAAGAAAACCGUGUGAUUCAGUUAAUUUUAAGAAUAUUUUUUUUAAUGGUUUUAAAAUGUCGUCGAAGGAAGUACACAGUGAAACAAACAAUUCAAACGAAUCGAAAAUUGUCAUUGGCGAACGUUUAUCCAAUGAUUUAUCAAACGAUAAUGAAGAAAUUAUUAAUCGAGUUAAGGGAUGUUACGGAAGUUUACCCAAUCGUAUCGUUCACGAACAAUUUUUAAGGAAUUUCAUCGACGUCGUCUUGGAUAAAGCUGUUUUCGAGGGUACAUUGAGGAAUGAGAAAGUCGUCGAAUGGGUUGAACCAAAGACUCUGUCUUCUCUGGUAGAUUUGUCCUUGCCAAUGAACGGAGUAUCGCACGAAGAAUUACUAUCGUUAACACGAAAUAUUAUAAAGUAUAGCGUGAAAACAGGUCAUCCGCAUUUCGUCAAUCAACUUUUUUCCAGCGUGGAUCCUUAUGGUUUAGCAGGUCAAUGGUUGACCGAUGCUUUAAAUCCUUCGGUUUACACUUACGAGGUAUCCCCGGUAUUUUCUUUGAUGGAGAACGAGGUGUUGAAAGAAAUGAGGAAAAUAAUUGGUUGGGAAAAUGGUCGAGGCGAUGGGAUAUUUUGUCCCGGUGGUUCUAUGGCCAAUGGUUAUGCCAUCAAUUUGGCGCGUCAUUAUAAAUUCCCGGAAUACAAGGAAACUGGUUCGACGCAGGUUUCUAGGCUGGUGGUAUUAACGUCCGAGGAUGCUCAUUAUUCUGUUAAAAAAUUAGCAGCUUUUCUUGGUAUCGGGGCCAGUAACGUUUACUGCGUUAAAGUUGACGAACGUGGUAAAAUGUGCUUAAAGGAUUUGGAAUUACGAAUAAACGAAGUACUGGAUCAAAAAGCUGUACCCUUGAUGGUAUCUGCAACAGCUGGAACCACGGUUUUGGGUGCAUUCGAUCCACUUAAAGAAAUAGCUGCUAUUUGUAAAAAAUACGACAUGUGGUUCCACGUAGACGCAGCUUGGGGUGGGGGUGCAUUGAUGUCGAAAAAGUAUCGUUUCUUGCUCGAUGGUAUAGAACUGGCAGAUUCGAUUACUUGGAAUCCUCACAAAUUGCUCGCAGCACCUCAACAAUGUUCGACCCUUUUGGUACACCACGAAGGUUUAUUGGAAUCGGCACAUGCCUCCAAAGCGAGCUACUUGUUUCAACCUGACAAGUUUUACGAUACUUCUUACGAUUCAGGUGACAAACACGUUCAAUGCGGCAGAAGAGCUGACGUAUUGAAAUUUUGGUUAAUGUGGAAGGCCAAAGGUACAAACGGUUUUGAAAAACACAUUGAUCGCGUAUUCGAAUUGUCACGAUGUUUUACGGAUUACAUUCGCCAACGAGAGGGAUGGAAGCUCAUAUUCGAGCCCGAAUGUACCAACGUUUGUUUUUGGUAUACGCCACCAUCGAAACGUCAUUUAAAAGGCGAACAAUUGUCCAAUCUUUUGCAUAAAAUUGCUCCGGUCAUCAAGGAGCGUAUGGUCCGCAAAGGGUCAAUGCUAAUCACGUAUCAAUCCUUACGCAAUCUUCCUAAUUUCUUCAGGCUUGUAUUACAAAAUUCUGGACUGACUAGAGCAGACAUGAGAUUUUUUGUCGAUGAAAUAGAAAGGUUAUCCUCUGAUCUCUGAAAUCAUUUCUUCAAAUUAUUUCUCAAAGUAUAAAAUUCCAUUUUUUUUUUUAUUUUUUUUUAUCUACGUUUCGUGUAAAUAAUAUUUUCUUAGAUCCACGUAUCUCGUAGUAUAGAUAAAUACGUAUAUGCAUAUA